CUAAGUCUAACUUCAUAAAAUGUACAUAGUUUGAUUAUUGGCAAAAGGGAUUAUUUUGUGGAGCUGAAUACAAACAUUGCGUCACACCUCGUGUUUCGUUUAGAAUUGGGACCUGAGUUGUCGUACUACCAUCUUUUUGCCUUUGCAGUAAUGUAAGUCAAACAUUUAAAAUUUAUGUUGAAAAUCCGGUCAACGUUUUACUCCUGUAACUAACUGGUUUUGUACUCACGUUAAACGUUCUUGUUAUUAAUGAUGUCUCAAUCAACCAACAAAGCGGAAAUAAAGGCUAACAAAGGGGAAAAUGCGUUGGAAAAUAGAGGGGGAACGCGCCAAAAUAUCUGCUUUCUCGCCUGUCCGGGGGAAAUAAUGAGGAUUUUCCCCUUUUUGUCGCUCAAAUGUCGCUGAAUUGUCUAACUUUCGCCUAAAUAUCCGCUGAAUUGACUGCUUUUCGCCUAGAUAUCCGACGAAUUGUCUUCUUUUCGCCUGAAUAUACGCCGAAUUGUUUACUUUUGGUCCAACUUUUAAAAUACCACUGGCAUAACGCCAAAGGUCUCCCAUGUUCGCCUUUAUCCCUACAACAAACCACAAUAAAACUGUAAUCCACGGGGAAAAUGGCAUAUUUUUGAAUAACUUUAUUGAAAAGGAAAAGUGUGUUAUUGUACAACAUUAUAGCAGGAGUUUGAGCAUCAAUCGUGAUGCAUUUCCAUUGUAAUUUCCAACUCAUUGUUAUUUGAAAAGAUCUGCAAAAGAAGAAACGGAUGAUGUAUUAUUAAUAAGGCAUGUGCAUUUAAUCGCAAGUUCACUGACAAUCAAACAAUCUUUCUCGACACUUCAACAGUUUCCCAUGUAAGUAAUAAAGUAAGCUCAUUUACAAAAUAACGUUUAUUAAAAAAUAAAUAGAACAUAAAAGACAUUUCACGGAUUACUUCGUUUAGUGACGCAUUUUCGGCUAUUGAGGAUGAAAAUAAUCUUCCUGUGAGUUCUGAAGUGUAAAGAACAAGAGAAGUUACAAUGAUAUCUGAAUGACAUGCCUUGGCACAGCCAGAUACUUGAAGCUUCACUUACGGUUAUGUUCGUUAAAACCGUUGACUGUAACUAUAGAGCAGUAGGGAAGUUAUCACUUUAAAUUAGUACAUACCUGUUCUUUUUUCCUCCCAUUACGCUUUGUCAAUUUAUCUCUAACACCGUGAAAAUAACCUUGUGUCGCGAUGUCGUACAGCUUCACAAGGUCUUUUUCGUUGACAGGGGAUGACAAAAAGCGAUUUGUUAAUGCACCUAAAGUUAAGAUAAUAGAUAUAGGUUACUUCGUAAGCAGCCGUAAAACCGGCAUUUCUGAAGUGCUCGUUUUGAAGAAGUGCCAAUUAGCGUAAAAUUACUGGUCACCUCAAGUGUCAUGAGAUGAGACAAAACAUAUCGCAUUGAGGUUUUAGGAUCAUCAUCCAUUGAUCUCGUUACCAUUGCCAUGUGUAAUACGAACAAAUUAUUAAAUUAAUGUUGUUGAUUUACAAACCUGUCCCUGGUUUCUUCCUGCUGCAAACCAGUGUCCAGCAUCUGCAGUUCCUCUUCAGAUGACGAAGGGAACUGCUGACUUGAUAGUCCGCAUUCGAAUUGAUGCGGAUGUUCGCGUUCACUGAACUUCGCUGGUAACAGCUUUACAUUUGUACUCAAGUCAGUGAUACCUGACGACAUGUUCUGCACCAUUGUAUACAACCUAUCAAAUCUUAUAAACUUCACCUGAUAGUACAGGUGACUUACUGGGCCGCUGAAACACAGCCUACAUGCUUAGAUUCUAAUGUUGACGGUGAUGUAUCUAAUUGUGUCGAACUAAUUCAUUAACAUCUAAAUAGUAAUGAAAUGUACUGGGCAAUUGGCGAGGCGACUCUGUCAAACAACCGAAAUUUCGGAUAAUGUACGUGGCUAUUUCCAGCCUGCACCUCGGCAACAUCCAUGUCUACUGAAUUGUAAAGAAAUCCUUCUUUACGCUUCAAUGCACCUCUAGGAAAUGUUAGUAAGAUUAUUGUACUGACCUCUUGGGCUUCUCAGUGUUGAGUGGCAAGGUGUUUUCUUCUGUUGAAGUGUUUUUACGGUGAAGUUACAGUAUUUGGAGGGAAACUAACAUAUUCUUUGCAGACUGCAGAGAAUCUGUAUUAAAUUAUAGUUUCUAUGUUUGUUACUCACCGAAUUUGUGAAUUACUUUACAUUUCAGAACUGACCAAUUGUCAUCUGGUCGGUCUCAGUUGUGCAGGUGGAGGAUAUCGACCAGCUCCAUUGGAAAAAGGCAAAGUUCUUUGCCAACAAUCCACUGCUUGGCUGCUAUCAUAAGUUGUUUCUUGCUAGGAACGUCAACAAUGAUGUAUUGUUUGUUGGCGGACUAAACAUAACAUAAGAGAAUCUCCAAUCUAGUUAGCGAUUACAAACGUUUCUUAUUCAAGCUCGUUUAACUUAGUUAUAUCCUGGACUUUGCACAAAUGGUCGCUGACGGCGAAUAUUCCGAUGUACACUUUCUACAAUUUAAUAUUUCACUUUAUGAGGAUUCUUCUCUGAUAGACACUGGAACCUUAAAAAUAUCUGAGGAAUGUUUUACAUGGGAAGGUACAUCAAAACAAUUCUUUAUUCCUUAUUCACAAAUAACCUUACAUGCUAUUGCCAGGAAUACGGUAGACCAGACUGGAGAUCAUCCCAAUAAUUUGUUUCCUCACCCACAUUUAUUAGUAAUGAUCGACGGAGAUCGUGUAUGGGAUUCAAAUAAUACUGAUAAUUUAUCUGAUACGAAGUCACAGAACGAGCAAGAUGGCAUGCAAAUUGAUGCAGAAGGUUCAGAUGAAGAAAAAGUAGACUCUGAUAGUGACCGCGCUCCAGACUGCCCUGGUUCUACGUCCGUCCUCCGCUUGGUUCCACAAGAUUCUGCACAGCUCGAAGACAUGUACAAAGCAUUAGCCGACUGUCAAGCAUUAAAUCCGGAUCCUGAAGAUGAUAAUUCAGACUUCGAGGGUUUCGCAGAAGAUGAUGAAUAUGAAAUUAAUGAUCAGGGUAUGGAAUUCGAAAACCAUACGAAUAAUAAUGGAAGAUUCGGUGAACCGGACCAGUUCGCAGAUGCCUAGCACUUUUUUGUAAAUUAAUUGAUGUAUUUUGUAAUUAACGAUUUAAAACAAAUAUAUUUCCCAUUUU